CCGCGAGCCCGCAGCCCGGAUGGCGAGCUCUGCCGCCCGGCUCUGCUCGCCGUGCCAUUCGCGCGCAGCCGGGCAGCGGGCUUCAUGAGCCGGGCGCCGGGGCCCGGCAGGGGCCUCCGGCUCCCGACGCCGGCCGAGAGGGCAUGAGCGAGGUCAGACGGUCUGAAGAUUUAAAAAGCAUCCGGAGUCUCCGUAUUGAAUGAAAGACCCAGUGCGAAGGCAUCACCAUGAACACGAGCAUUCCUUAUCAGCAGAACCCUUACGCUCCCCGGGGCGGCUCCAGUGUCAUCCAGUGCUACCGAUGCGGAGACACCUGCAAAGGGGAGGUGGUUCGUGUGCACAACAACCACUUCCACAUCCGAUGCUUCACCUGUCAAGUGUGUGGCUGUGGCCUGGCCCAGUCGGGCUUCUUCUUCAAGAACCAGGAGUACAUCUGCACACGGGACUACCAGCAGCUCUACGGCACCCGCUGUGACAGCUGCCGGGACUUCAUCACCGGCGAGGUUAUCUCCGCGCUGGGCCGCACCUACCACCCCAAGUGCUUCGUGUGCAGCUUGUGCAGGAAGCCUUUCCCCAUUGGAGACAAGGUGACCUUCAGCGGAAAGGAAUGCCUGUGCCAGACGUGUUCCCAGUCCAUGACCAGCAGUAAGCCCAUCAAGAUCCGAGGACCAAGCCACUGCGCCGGGUGCAAGGAGGAGAUCAAACACGGCCAGUCGCUCCUGGCGCUGGACAAGCAGUGGCACGUCAGCUGCUUCAAAUGCCAGACCUGCAGCGCGGUCCUCACCGGGGAGUACAUCAGCAAGGAUGGCGUUCCAUACUGUGAGUCUGACUACCACUCCCAGUUUGGUAUUAAAUGCGAGACUUGCGACCGAUACAUCAGCGGCAGGGUCCUGGAGGCUGGAGGGAAGCAUUAUCACCCAACCUGCGCCAGAUGUGUCCGCUGCCACCAGAUGUUCACCGAAGGGGAGGAGAUGUACCUCACGGGUUCUGAGGUCUGGCACCCCAUCUGCAAGCAGGCAGCGCGGGCAGAGAAGAAGUUAAAGCACAGGCGCACGUCUGAGACGUCCAUCUCACCCCCGGGAUCCAGCAUCGGGUCACCCAACCGAGUCAUCUGCGCUAAAGUGGAUAAUGAGAUCCUUAAUUACAAGGACCUGGCAGCUCUCCCCAAGGUUAAGUCCAUCUAUGAGGUGCAACGCCCCGACCUCAUUUCCUACGAGCCUCAUUCCAGAUACACGUCCGACGAGAUGCUGGAGCGAUGUGGCUACGGCGAGUCGCUGGGAACGCUGUCUCCCUACUCUCAGGACAUCUAUGAGAACCUGGACCUCCGGCAGAGACGGGCCUCCAGCCCGGGAUACAUCGACUCGCCCUCCUACAGCCGGCAGGGCCUGUCCCCCACCUUCGCCCGCUCGCCUCACCACUACUACCGCUCCGGGCCCGAGAGUGGCCGGAGCUCUCCAUACCAUAGCCAGUUAGAUGUGAGGUCCUCCACUCCGACCUCUUACCAGGCUCCCAAGCACUUUCACAUCCCAGCUGGAGAAAGUAACAUCUACCGGAAACCGCCCAUCUACAGGCGAUCUGGCGAUCUGUCGACGGCAACCAAGAGCAAAACGAGUGAAGACAUCAGCCAAGCCUCCAAGUACAGCCCAGGCUACUCGCCAGACCCCUACUACGCUGCGGAGUCUGAGUACUGGACCUACCAUGGCUCCCCGAAAGUGCCCCGAGCCAGAAGGUUCUCAUCUGGAGGAGAGGAGGAUGAGUUUGACCGCAGCAUGCAGAAGCUCCAGAGCGGAAUUGGCCGCCUGAUUCUGAAGGAAGAGAUGAGGGCCCGGUCCAGCUCCUACGCAGACCCCUGGGCCCCGCCGCGGAGCUCCACCAGCAGCCGGGAGGCCCUGCACACCGCUGGCUGUGAGCUGUCCCUCAAUGGCUCCCCUCGGUCCCACUACCUGGCUGACAGCGAUCCCCUCAUCUCCAAAUCCGCCUCCCUGCCUGCCUACAGAAGAAACGGGCUGCACAGGACGCCCAGCGCGGACCUGUUCCACUACGACAGCAUGAAUGCCGUCAACUGGGGCAUGCGAGAGUACAAGAUCUACCCGUAUGAGCUGCUGCUGGUCACCACAAGAGGAAGAAACCGGCUGCCCAAGGACGUGGACCGGACGCGUUUAGAGCGCCACCUGUCCCAGGAGGAGUUCUACCAGGUCUUCGGCAUGACCAUCUCCGAGUUUGACCGGCUGGCCCUCUGGAAGAGGAACGAGCUGAAGAAGCAAGCCCGGCUGUUCUAGGCAGAGGCUCUAUAAAUAUAUAUGCAUUUAUAUACAGAUAUAUGUAAAAUCUCUAUCCCGAAGCGCGGUAUAACCCUCUCUUGUGUAAUGGGACACGCUGCCUGCCAUGAGACUCGUUUUUCUGUACCAUCAGGCAAGCCCACAUCAGCGAGCUAUUUUUAUGCUCCUUACUUUCUCUUUUCUAAGUGCACUGGGGUUUGGGAAGGGAUUUGAGGGCACUCCCGUCCUUUUACUGGGGAGCUUUUUUAUACCAAAACACCUGUCCUGACUUGGGUUCCCCGAGGUCCACCUCUCCCUCCUAAGGGAGGUGCCCAAGGGAUCUCUCUUCCCUCCGCCGCUUGGCUCCGCUCCCCAGGCUCUAGAGGCCAGGCUGGCCAGGCAGUUCUCCCACCUUAUUGGCCCCGGGGGGCCCCCUCCUGGGAGGAGCCACAGCAUCCGUCCCGAGUCUCUGAGCACCUCUGGGAGCCGGGAAGAGGCUUCUGAUCACCCCCACGAGGGCUCACGUGCUCCCUGGGGGUGAUGCAGCCCAAAGGGCGGGCCCCACAUCGACUCAUUGCAGAAGCAGACAGCAGCCAGGACCUUGGCCUCCACUCCCCUUCCCAGUCCCCCGUCCCUUGAGCCUCCCCUCUCUCUGGUCCUAACCUACGACCCCCCCGAGGAGGAGAGAAAGCACUUCCCUUCCCUGCACCGUUACUGCCAGCGGCCCCUGCCCGGCGCCCAGUGGAGAACCGGAGGGAAGGGGUGGGAGGCGGAGCAGAGCGCCCGCUGGAACGGUGAUCACUUCUCGGGGCCCCGCUCACUGCUCCCCGAACCUCCUGGCUCUCCCGCCCUGGAGGAGAGGCCCGUUACGGCCGCCUGAAGUCCUCAGCCUUACGACAAUCUACGUGCCUGACACCUCACCGCAGGGCUCAGGCUCCCCCCCAGCUCCAGCCGAAGGCCUGGACAGACAGACGAACGCACAGCGCCCGGGUCACCGAGGCCGUGUCCUAAGAAAGGGUCUGGCUCCGUCUGCUGGUGCCUCGGCUCCCGCUGCGGCGCUGGCCACGGGUCAACGGGGGACUCCGAAGUGGAGCGCCGGCCAGACACUCGUGGGCCUGCAGCUCCCUCGGCGGCUGCCUUCCCUGCCUCCCUGCCUUCUGGGACGGGGGUGGACGGUGAACCUUCUCCCCUCCCCUCCCCAAACCUGCAGCGGCGCGUUGGCGACGUCUGGCGGGGUCUCUCCCUUCCUGGAGAUGCCCUGAGUCCGACCAUUGAGGUCAAGGAGGAAGAAGCAGAAAUGACAAUUUCGACUCUCAGGGGGCUGCCGACGUGAUGUGGCAAAUCCAGAACCGACGUCCACUCAACGAACCCUCACUGAGCACCUUCUGUGCUGAGCACCUACUGCAUACUGCGCACCGAACGGGGGAGGGAGACGGGUAUACCGGGACGACCACCGUGGGGCCCCGUCCGGGGCACACGCCCCUACCAACGGGCAUCGUGACACACGUGGUCACACAGGAUGGAUGUGCGGCAGGAAGUGACAGACAGCGUGGGCAAGUGGCAUUACUGAGGAGAGCGCUCUGGCUGAGACGGCCUUGGCGCAACGUCCAGAAAGGUCUCUGUCGACGGGGAGGAGGCUGACUUGAAAGGGGGUGGGAUGGGGGCCAGAAGGGAGGGUUAACAGGCUCUCAUUUAAACUGUCAACCCUCUUGGCAACGUCUCUUUUUGGCCUAUGUCUUUCGACUGUCCUGACCCCUUUCGAAAUGUCCCCAGCCAGACGCAAGCAUUGAAACUGCCUCAUUAUCACUGGUUGAGAACUUGGCAAAGACUGAAAGGCUUUUGUUACUGUUGCUGGAUAUGUUCUUUCUCAUAAAAGCACAUCAUUUCACCCCGAA